AUGGCCGGUUUGCAUUUAAUAAAAACAUACUCUUCCGACUCGGACGAAGAUAAGCAUGAUGAAGAGAAGGAAGAUGACGAUAAAAUUGUAAACAAACAAACUAAGCUAGCCUUACCAGCAAGUAUUUUGUCGUUGAAAGGAGUUGCAUAUCAUGAAGAAGUGAUUGACGACCCAUCGGAUCAUGAUGGACGGAUACGAAGCUUCCAACACGAACGUGGUAACUGGGCAACUUUGAUUUACAUAGAUUAUACUACCAGCGAUUGCCUUUAUACCUGGAUGAAAUCUAUAUUGAAUGAAUUGCCAGUCCAAGGCGAGAUUAUUUCUAGUCUUCAUAUUAGUCUAAGUCGUACUUUGGUCCUAAAGUUUCAUUGGAUUGAAUCAUUUGUGGAGGGUCUAAAAUUAUUAUGUCGUGGAUUCCACCAGAUUGUCAUACAACUCACAGAUGUGAAAGUAUACUGCAAUGAGGAAAGAACUCGCACAUUCCUUGGAAUUUACUGUCAAGAUGAGGAUGGUACAUUGAAGCGCCUAACAGAAGCUAUUGACUGUUUACUAGCUGAAUAUCAAUUGCCAUUGUUUUAUAAGGAUAGCUGA